CGUGAUAUGCGAAAUAAAAGCAAGUGACGGAGCCAUAUAGACUGUUUGCGUCUGCCCAGUGAGUGCUCUGGUGGAUGAUGUCGGGCGGGCGCUGACUGACAGGGCGCCGAAGUGGACGAGGGUUGGAGGUGGACCAGAGCGGAGGACGACGGUUUAUUUGUUUCAUCGAUGUCGAAUUGGGUAGGCAGGUUGCAGAACAGGUUGAAUGCUGACAAUAUCAAAGAUUUGGAUUAGGAGAGGCUGGUCGGAAAAGAGUCGAGUCAGGUCAGAAGCGAAACAACUGUGCAUCUUGAACACGUCCCGCCAUGAAGAAUGGGAUUGUGCGCGCCGAAUUUCUUCAUGCGGAUGUGGGAUGGGGAGGGAUUCUGGGAGAAAGGGACGCCGGGAAUGGAAGGAAUGACAAGGACGGAACGGGGAGAAAGAGCCAACGGCAACCUUGGGACUGGGACGUAUCGCGUCAAGGAAGGAACGAACGACUUCGCAAAGUCGCAAACACACGGCGGAGCCAUCGUGCCAUCCACUUCCUCAGCGGGAUGGACACUGAGGACCAGAAAGAGCGGAGACAUGUCACAUUUAAUGGGUCUGAAAUACCUGACUACCUGGUGUUUGAACACCGUGCUACCAGCUGCUUCCUUUCGCACGGUAUCACCAAUCAAGGCAGGAACAAAUUCAAGACCUGGAGUCACGUCGUGAGCGGGCAUCGUCUCCGUCUGUGCCUUGAAUUUGUCUCUUCCGCCUUGGUCAAGGAAAGAAGAUGCGGUAAUAACAAGGCGAGAUUGAAUCCGUCAGGUCACAGAACUUCAGGGCCCUCAACGUGUCGCUUGGAUGCUGGUCCUGCCAACACCAGCAUUGAUAUCUGUACUCCUGGCAGAUACCGCAGUCAAGUAAGGUGGCAUCGAAGCGUCAAGGAUGGAUGGUGUGUAUGGCUACCUUAUGUGACCAUUGUGCACCUGAGGUUCUCUCGUCCUGACAAAGAACUUACUGUGUAG